AUGGUGGAGCUUCUGCUGCGAUCACGCGCAGAUGCGAACUUCUCAACCCUCGGCUCGCAAGUGGCACCACUGCACAUGGCGGCCUUUGACGGCUCGGUUGAGAUGAUGAAGCUUUUGCUCAACAGGGGAGCUGAUGUGAAUGUUCGUGAUCGCCACGGUCAAACUCCGCUUUUCUUUGCGCCUUCGCCGGAAACUUGCGUCGAGCCUUUGGCUCAGACCGAGACCUGUCAGGUCUACUGCAUUCGGAAGUGGUCCACCAGUCAAGUUUUUGCAAUUUGGAAUUGA